UAAUUUUUAGAAGGAAUUUACAUAAGAAAUAGAUAAAUUACACAUUUCAAUGGAAAUUUUUUGUAGAAAGAAUUUCCAUAAGAAAACGAAUAAUUUACACAUUUCAAUGGAAAUUUGCCAUUAUUUAAUAAUAAAUUACUUGAUUAAUCUGGUUAUGUAAUUUUUCACUAAAAUAAGUGAUUUUUCUUUUUCCUUGUAUAAAAUAGUGUUAAGGGGUAGCACCAGCAGUUGGAAAAACUUGUGUAUUUGCAAGUAUUAAAGGUGUUGUAGUCGGGAUUAUAUACAGUAAAAAAACUUAAAAUAUGGUUUGGCUAAGCUGUUGUCAAUGUAAUGAUAAAACAGGAUACAACUGCAGCUUCUUUUUCUUUAUUUGCAUUAUUAUUGCUGCAGCAGCAGGGUUUUGGAUUCAUAUAUUUUUGUAUUGUAUUUUUGAUUUUCCAUAUUGAUGAGCAUGUAAAGAGAGAGAUCAUGAUGAACCACAAAACAUUGUUGCAGGGUUACAAGGGUAUUUGUAUGAGAUGUAGGAUUUACAAGUUUCUUAAAUUGUUGCAGGGUUUCAGGUUUUCCACUCUCUGGGAGAUGAUUCUGGGUCAGGAACAUGAACAGUCCUCACUUAUAUUAGCAUGGUUUGUGGUAUUGUAUUCUCCUGAUUUUUUUGAAAAAACUUGUAGAGUUCUUUAAGUAAAAUUGCUUCAGGAAAAUCAACAAUCUUAAUCUGUUAUGAGAAUGAACUGAUUAUAGAAAGCUUGACGUGUUUAGUACUUUUGAGAAUUGAGAUGGCAUGAAAUGGUCCGUGCAUUGUCAAUAUUAUAUUAUUUUAUCUCUUGCUCAUCAAGUUGCAGAACAAUCUGGUGUUCUUCAAGUUGUCUCCCAGCAUGACUUUUCAGCUGCAUUUAACUGAUAAAGGCUUGAGAUUUGGCAUCAGAAUGGGAUGGGAUAUCCCACCACCUUUAUGUGAUCUUUGUCUAUUUAAAUGAUAAAGGCUUGAGAUUUGGCAUCAGAAUGAGAUGGGAUAUCCCACCACUUUAAUCAUCUCCAGGUCAAUCACGCAGUUGUUUAAUUAUUGGAUCGCUAAUGCGGCCCUGUGUAUAUAUAAACAUCAUUUUCUUGAUCAGAAUAUGUCAACUUCAAGGCCUGCUUGGCUUCUUAUCACAGAAUUUAGAGGAGAAUCUCUCAGUUUCAUAGAAAGGGUAGGAGAUUUUCAUUAAAGAAAAUAGAUAUGAAAAUGGAAAUCCAAAUCAUUGCCAAAGAAACCAUUAAGCCUUCUUCUCCAACUCCAAACCACCUUAGAACUCACAAGCUUUCCGUCAUUGAUCAGCUAGCCAUUCAGCGUUAUAUCCCUGUCCUUCUUUUUUACCCUUCCAAUGGCCAAGAUUCCAGCCAAAGAUCAUGUCUUCUUAAGAAAUCCUUGUCGCAGACAUUAACCCUCUUUUACCCUUUUGCUGGACGAGAGGUGAACAAUUCUGGGAUUGAUUGCAAUGAUGAGGGAGUAAGUUUCAUUGAAGCAAGUGUAGCUGCUGACUUGUCUAUGCUCCUCAAGCAACCUCACUUUGAACUGCCGCAGCAACUACUGCCCUGCAAGCCAAAUGAGAAUUCUGUUCCAUAUUGUGCCGGGGAAAUUUUAGCUGUUCAAGUGAACUACUUUAGUUGUGGUGGGAUGGUUAUUGUUGUCCGCAUUAAGCAUUUGAUUGCUGAUGCAUCGACAGCAGCAUCGUUUAUUGAACGCUGGGGUGCUGUUGCUCGUUUUGCUGAUACUGAUGUUAAUGGUGUGAUCUUGGAUUGCACCAAUCUCUUUCCUCCUACUGAUACAGCAGAAGGCUUAUCAUGGUGGGCUGAUUGUUCAAACGAAGAAUUCUUAUUUGAAAUUGCGACGAAGAGGUUUGUGUUUGAUGGUUCAAAGAUUGCUGCUCUAAGAGAAAGAGUUGGCAAUGGACUAAAUCCGGGUUGGUUAACGUUGACUAACGCGUUACGAGGCUGUACCUGCACUAAUUUGGGGUGCUUCAAUGGCUGCAACUAGAGAAACAGAUGAAACCGUUGAUUAUCAUGUGGCAAUGAGUGUGGUGAAUCUGCGAAAGAAAUUGAAUCCACCUUUGCCACAGCAAUGUAUAGGAAAUAUCUGCAAAGUCACAACAGCAAAAUGCUCAGUGGGUAAAUCAACCGACUAUAAUGAAUUAGCACAAAAAAUUAGCAAGUCGAUAAGGAAGGUAGACGAGGGUGCAAGGGAGUUCCAUGAAGAUUGAAAAUGGCUGGAUUUUUUAAAAGAAAAUUAGGGGAAGUGUAUAAGAAGUCUAAGGUCAGGAUGUUAAAAUUUAGCAGUUGGCGUAGAUUUGCAUUUUAUGAAGUUGAUUUUGGUUGGGGAAAGCCCAACUGGGUAACUACUACAAUGGAGCAGGAAAAUGGUGUCAUUUUCUGGGAUACUAGUGAUGGCCAGGGGAUUGAGGCCCAAGGAAGAACUGACCCAACUUGAACAAAACCCAGAUAUUCUUGAAUUUGCUUCUUUCAGUUGAAGAACAUGAACUUUCAUGUACUGGUUAAAUAAUUGCAAAUAAGGGUACCCAUUGCUCAAACCACUUCUCUUAAAAUGCCUUUCGCAUUUUAGAGCAUGGAUUUUGAGUUUUGUGAAAAACAUAUAAAUAGCAAGUACCCAUUAAUGCAAAUUUUGCAUUUAUUGAAUAAUAAUUAUUUUAUUUUCUCGACCAGUCACUGAAAUAUUUGAAAUAUAUAUUAAAU